AUGUUAGCCUUGCUCUACCCACAGCGAUGGACAGCGAAUUUGGUGUAUCUCAUCGGCCCUCCUUACUGUGUCAUUGGCCAGGCAAGGAAGGAAAUUACUGUGCACUCUCGGCCCCUGGCCAGCCUAUCAUCUACGCUUGACAAGCUUAUAAACAGCGCAAUGUUGGAGGCAAAGCGUCGUCAAACCGACUGGUCAGGGGUGGUCAAGGAAGAUACAUUCGUUCGGCUGUGCGAGUACGCUUACCUGCGCGACUACAUGCCGCCAUCAUGCUCUGAGAGAGAAGUAGUGCCUUAUUAG